CUGCAAUGCGUGGGUUGUGCAGGCCGUGGCCUCUGCUGGGGCUGCUCAGCGCUUUGAGCAGUUGGUUGCCAUCUGUAACGGGAAGUGAAGGGUCUUUGCGAAGAGCAGAUGUGGGCACACUGGUCAGUGAGCUCUUCCAAGCCGUCCAGUGUCCAGAACGCCUCGGUGGAAGCCAGCAGCUCUGUGAGAAGUGCCUCCCCGAAGACUGGUUACUGUCAGUACUGGAGGACGAUGGGAAGGACUACAUCAGUGAAGAGGAUUACUUUAAAAUUUCUACUGUGCUCCUCUACUACAUCAUCAACAUGAGACACCUCUGCUCUUCCAACAUUUCGUCACUCUCUUCCUCCUCUGCGCCUACAUCUCCUGAUUACCCAUACAGUCUCCAGGCUCUGACCACGCUCCACUCACUGGAGGAUGGUGGAUUCCUCUCGGCCAAUGAGACGGAGAGCAUCUUGCAAGUCAUCAAUCAGAACUACCAACCACAGGAAAGACCAGCUUCCAGAAACACACAGUGCAUUGAUGCAGCUCACUUGAUGAAGGAGGUGGGCGUGACUGACAGCAGAGGUGUGGAUUCCUCCUCUGUACCUCGACUGGCUGCAGCCAUUAUAAAUCAUCUUCGGCAGGGCCACUGCAUCAGCAGAAGGAACCUCCCCUCACCUGCUUUCUUCACCGACUACAUUUUCCAGUCUCUCAACCGCACCAGUGACCUGCAUAUCAUGGAUUUGGAACAGCUAUUGCACCAGCUUGGCGUAGGAGAGGGUGUGGCACGCAGCUCACAUGGCAGGGAGAGGCGGAGCACAACCGGCCUUGCCCCAAACUUACUGGACACAUGCAGCCAGGAGUUAAAAGGAUCCAGGGACUGGACGCAGAUGUGCUUCUCAGCCAGUCAGCUGUUGGACAUCUUUGUCUUGGAUCCUCAUUCACCAAUCUCUAGAGAUCACUUCAGGCACAUCUGUCCUGCAAUCAUUCAGCAGUUGUUGGGCGAUGCCUGUGACCCCACACAGUCCACAGCUAGGGGAUCACCACCCACGGACAUUGAGAAAUAUGGCUACAGUACAGUUGCAGUGCUGCUGAUCACAGUGGGCUCUAUGCUGGGAAUCUGUCUGAUCUUCUUUAACUCCUGCCAGGAGACUUACACGCUCAUCCUUCAGCUGUUUGUUGGGCUCGCUGUAGGAACACUGUCAGGAGAUGCACUGCUUCAUCUGAUACCACAGAUCCUUGGUCUUCAUGAUGGUAGUCACCAUGAUGACCAUGACCUCAGGGAAGAAAAGGAGUACCUGUGGAAGAUUAUGGGCAUCAUCGCUGGAAUCUAUGGCUUCUUCCUAAUAGAGAGAACCUUCUCCUUUUUAAUAUCCUCGCGUGGGCAUAGUCACUCUCAUGGUUUGUCUGUUGAGCUGAGCUGUAAUGGAGAAGGACAGCGAGGGAAGUCAGUAUCUACCAUGCAGCUGCGAACGUUAGAGGAGACGGAAUGUACAGAAAUACAGCCGGUGGAGCCCACCAUGAACCCUGCUCAGCAGCAGAAACAAGGCAUUCCACUGCUGGCCAUAAUGGUGAUAGUGGGCGACAGCCUCCAUAACUUUGCAGAUGGCUUAGUGGUGGGGGCUGCUUUCUCCAACUCAGCCGAAACUGGCAUAGCAACCACGGUGGCCAUUCUGUGCCAUGAGAUCCCCCACGAAAUGGGUGAUUUUGCAGUGUUACUGAGCUCUGGUCUGUCUGUCCAGCGUGCUGUGAUGAUGAAUUUCCUCAGUGCCCUUACAGCCUUCAUGGGGCUCUAUAUCGGCCUCUUCGUCUCCUCGAAUAUGGAGGUUCAGCAGUGGAUCUUCACCGUCACAGCAGGCAUAUUUCUUUAUCUGUCACUGGUAGAGAUGAUGCCUGAGAUGAGUAGAGUUCACUCUCCACAUCCAUAUCUUAUGUUUUUUCUGCAGAAUGUUGGGCUGCUCAUGGGCUGGGCCUGUCUGCUGCUUCUAGCACUGUUUGAACACAAGCUCACUUUUUAACAUACACAUGGACACGUAUUUCUUGGUACUUCAGUAAAAAAUCUAAUUUACUUGAGAUUGUGCCUUUAAACUUAAUAAUGUAAUGUUUCAUUAGAUUUUUUGCUGGACUAUUGCAUGGUCACUUCAGCACUUUGUAAGAACAUAGCAACAUAACCUGGUCCUGGAGUACCCGGGCAGCGCACAUUGAAAUGUUUUCUCUACUCUAACAUGCUGAUUUCAAACUCAUGAGGGGCUUGUUAAUUAAAUGAUGAGCAGAACUGAAGUGAUAAUCGGAGUUGUUUAUUAUUCAAAAAAAAAAACAACAAAAAAAAAAACUUUAAAAAGCUGUACAGCUGAGAAUAAAAUUAUAAUAACAUUAACAUCCACAAUGGCUUCUGCUUCAAAAGUAGCAAUGAAAUCACCUACUAUAAAUAGAUAUUUACAGUAUACUAAUUAUUCAGUAACUUCUUAUUGUUCCCAAAACACAUGAAAUAUUUAAUUUCAAAAUAUCUGUAUAUCUGUGUUUAGUUUAUAAUGUACAUCUACACCCCCAAUUCCAAAAA